UCAUGCCUGCUGCCAGGUCCAGAGUGUCUCAUGGGUCCCCUGUACGGCCAUCCUUCCAUUGCUGCUGUCUCCAUCGCCACACUCUGCCAUGUGCCACUUUCAGGUCUCCUCACACUGCUGGUGGGUUCCAUUUUGUCUAAUAGGCUGUGCUGGCAGAUUACAGGGCCUCCCAUUGCUGCUGCCAGGCUCGUAAUCUGCCAUGGGCCCCCGUACCGCCCUCCUCAUGCUGCUGCCAGGUCCAGAGUAUCUCAUGGGUCCCUGUACGGCCUCACCAUAUUGCUGCUGUCUCCAUCGCCACACUCUGCCAAUGUGCCACUUUCAGGUCUCCUCACACUGCUGGUGGGUUCCAUUUUGUCA